AUGGCUGGGGCCUGCGUCAGUCAGUAUUCCGGUUUGAGAAACUUAUUUGACGAUCUUUGGGGUAUUACACGAGGCUACCGCCUGUCAAUACGACUCACACUGCAAGACUGGUAUGUUUUGCACCACAAGCAUACGAAAUGGAAACCCCUUGAAGAUGAGGGAAUGCGUCAAGGACCAAACUGGAUCAGUGCCGCAAGAGCAACUGGCAGGUGA